CACUGCCUCUCCGUUAAUCUGAAGAGAGCAACGGGUCACAGACACUUAAUGACGAGUUCAAACUAUGGCCCCUACAUUGCCAUUUCGCUACUGCGAACAUUAAGAGCGCAUUGCAGUCAUCACGGAUAUGGGAUGCGCGAGUCACAGAGUAUAUUGAGGAUGCCGAUACUGCUGUCGAAACGCGUUCGGGAAAAAGGCUUUUGCUACGUGUUCGAUAGGAAGAGCAGUAAAGGAACAAUAAAGGUUUGGCGCUGUGAAAAAAGUAACCAUAAUGAGGUGAGGAUUCAUACAACAAGUAAGGCCGUUAUUCGGAAACUUAAUGGGCACUCACAUGACAGUUCGACCAUUGGUGUGGAGGUAGCAGAACUUGUCACCGGGAUUAAAAGGCGUGCUGAGGAAUGUUUGGAGGCGACCGUGCAAGUUAUAAACCAGCUGACGGAUGAACCCCUGCAAAGAGUUCAGGUUGCUCUUCAAACUCUUCCUAAUUUUAAGAAAAUCGUCGUAAGAGGAAUAAAUGGCAUGAAAGAUGUUCCACCAGCCUCCGUUGAAUUUAGAAAUGUUGGUUCUGCCUGA